AUGUUCUCCUCCAAAGCAAAGCCCAGCUCUUCCCAGUAUGAGCCUCUUUCGGUACGCGACGAGGGCGAGGGUUUCGGCGCAGCUAGUGAGAAGCGGCUCUCCUCCGAGGACGACCACUCGGUGCCUUUGCUGGAAGCUUCGGACAACAUGCCCGCUCAGCCCUCCCCGCUGCCCAAGCUCAUUCUCUACUUCUCCUUGGCCCUAGCGCUGCUAUCGACUGUCAACAUUGCUCUCCUUCCUAUUACACUCUCAAAGUACCAAGCCCACCCCUUCUCUGACUCUGAACUGGAGGAGCUCCCAUACGGCGACGCUAGACUGGGUCUGGAUAGACUUGCAGAUUUUCUCCCCCCACCCCAGGUCUAUCACCACGCCUGGCCGGAUCGAAUUGCACGGGUGAGCCGCAAACUGAAGAAAUCCGUGUGGGGCCAGGGCGUGCAGGUCUAUAUUACUGUCGAGGACUCCACCAUCAUGAGGUUCCCCGCGCCCGCCCCCUCUACUGGCGUCAACGCCUGUGCAGUCUCCUGGCGGCCGCCUCCGGAGCUCUCUGCGCGUGCCCGGGACCUCAUAACCAAGGGUGACGUAACGGAAAUUGAAGUCUGGCAGCUCAUCGCACCGUCAGCCACAGCCUCUUCCAGUAUGGACGAGGUCGAUUAUGACACCUUGUCAUAUUCGACCCUUCCCGUGCGCGGAGAGUUGCUGGGCGUGCUUGACCUCACACGCACACCCAACAUCUCGUACACAGUACGCCUCGAUUUCAGCAUGUCCACUCAGCCCGACGCCGGCACUCUCGCCCGCCUCUCCCUACACGAUCCCGCCCACUUUGGCAUCCAGCACUCCCAGACUAUUCACCGCCUCGCGCUCCUGCAGCACUGGAACAUUGCCGCUGAUGCCAAGGUGCUGGAACUAGGCUGCGGCCAGGGGGACUGCACAACUGUCCUUGCCGAUGCUGUGGGCGAGCGGGGGAAAGUGGUAGCGGUAGAUCCGGCAGAUCUCGAUUAUGGUGCUCCAUAUACUCUUGGUCAAGCACAGGGUCACAUCUCACAAGGCCCGUUGGGUAGCCGAAUUACUUGGGUCCAGCAACCCCCAUUGGACUACCUCUCUUCUCUCCAGCCCUCUUCUAGCACCUCUCCGCCUGGUGACGAAAGCAAAUCCUUCGACGCAACAGUGCUUGCACAUAGCCUCUGGUACUUCUCCUCCCCGUCGCUCAUUCUUUCCACCUUUUCUGCUAUCAAGCAGCACAGCAAGAGCCUCCUCCUUGCUGAGUGGUCCCUAGAAGCGGCGCACCCCUCUGCCCAACCUCACGUUUUAGCUGCGCUCACCCAGGCGUCCCUGGAGUGCCGUAAGCCCAAGGAUAGCGACUCCAACGUCCGGACAGUGCUAGGGCCAAAGCGGCUUACCGAGCUGGCCGUGGCUGCCGGGUGGAAGCUGGAGAGCGAAACCCGCGUGCAAGCUCCAGAAGACAUGUUGGACGGCCAAUGGGAGGUGUCCGCUUGUCUUGAUUCCUCGUUUGAAGAGGAAGUAGAAGAGCAAGUGAAGGAUGGCCGAGAACGUGCAGUGGUUUUAGCGCUACGUGAUGCGUGUGAGGCGAGCUUGAGGGGUAUUGAAGGGGGUCAGAAAGGUGUCAAGACCAUGGACGUCUGGGUUGCUAAAUUCGUUUGA